AACUAGCGGAUCCACAAUUUGAUUUGCCUGGAGAAAUCGACAUGCUGUGUGGAGCCGACCUCCUACCAUAUCUACGCCUCGGAGCACCCGUGGUCUUAGGUGCAAACAUGCCAAUGGCCAUACCGACCAUUUUUGGCACGGCCUUGAUGGGCCCCACG